GUGGUAACUAUAGAUUGUGUAUCUGUUGCAAAACCAUCAUCACCAUCAGAGGUCAUGGGGUCGAGUUCCUCAUCGUAUGCCCCUAAAACUGUUUAUCUGGAUGUGGAUGGUAAGGUGCAAAGGGUAAUUUUUAGUCGACACUGUAGUCCAUGUGACAUUAAGGAGCUUCUUUGUUCAUCAUCCAAUAUUGCCAGAAACACAGCUAUACUUCUGAUUGACUCAGAAGGAGCAUUUAUAUCUAUUGACCCUACCAUGCCUGCAAACACUCCAAACAACUUAUAUAAGGUUAUGCCCCAUUCCACAAACCAAGGAGGAGAGAAGGAAGACAUGUUCCAGAACGUCCUGUCACAAGUGGCUGAGCAGUUCAGCAGGGCGUUCAGGAUCAAUGAGCUGAAGACUGAAGUGACCAACAGGCUGGCCAUGCUGGAGAAGAAAGUGGAACUGGAGGGACUGAAAGUGGUGGAAAUUGAGAAGUGUAAGAACGAUCUGAAGAAAUUAAGAGAUGAAAUGACCUCUAGAGGAGGAGUAAGAGUGAACUGCAAUUGCAAAUACAACUUUACUGAUGAUGGGAAGAAACUCUCUCCCAGACGAGAUGUCCCAAGCUACCCAAAGUACACACUUUCUCAGGAAACCAUAGAGGCUCUGAAAAAGCCCACCUUUGAUGUAUGGCACUGGGAACACAAUGAGAUGCUUAGCUGUCUGGAGUAUAUGUAUCAUGACCUUGGGCUGGUUAAGGAAUUUAACAUGAACCCCAUAACUCUCAAAAGAUGGCUGCUGGCGAUUCAAGAAAACUACCGCGACAACCCUUUCCACAACUUCCGUCACUGUUUUUGCGUGAGCCAGAUGAUGUAUGGAAUGAUCCAUCUGUGUAACCUUAAGGAGAGGCUGACUAUGACAGACAUGUGUAUUUUGGUGACCGCAGCAGUGUGUCAUGACCUGGACCACCCGGGAUACAACAACACGUAUCAGAUUAAUGCUCGCACUGAGCUGGCUGUGCGCUAUAAUGACAUCUCUCCACUGGAGAACCAUCAUUGUGCUGUGGCCUUCCAGAUCCUCUCCAUGCCCGAGUGCAACAUAUUCGCCAAUAUAGAGCCUGACUCCUUCAAACAGUUACGACAGGCGAUCAUUACUCUUAUUCUGGCGACGGAUAUGGCCAGGCAUGGAGAGAUACUGGACUCCUUCAAACAGAAAGUGGACAACUUUGACUUUUCAAAUGAGGAGCAUGUUAAAUGCCUGAAGAUGGUCUUGAUCAAGUGUUGUGACAUCUCCAACGAGGUCAGACCCACUGAGGUGGCCGAGCCAUGGGUGGACUGUCUCCUGGAGGAGUACUUCAUGCAGAGUGACAGAGAAAAGUCAGAAGGUCUUCCUGUGGCUCCGUUUAUGGAUCGUGAAAAAGUCACCAAACCAACGGCACAAAUUGGCUUCAUUAAAUUCGUCCUCAUCCCAAUGUUUGAGACUGUCAUGAAGCUCUUUCCACAGAUUGAGGAGAUCAUGGUUCAACCUUUGAGAGACUCCCGUGAUCACUAUGAAGAGCUCAAGCAGAUAGAUGAUGCCAUGUCGGAGGUACAGAAGAAGAAAACAGAGAGCAUGUCUUUGGGUGGAAAGAAGAAAUAGGCAAUCUGCUUAUUUAAUGUGAUCUCAGGCUGAUCCAGUUUCCUGAAACUGAGGUUUUGAACUGUUUGGGCUCUCCAAGCACCCUUUUUCUGAAGGAAAGUGUUGGACCCCCUUCUAUGUAUUGAGACAUCAAGAAUGUCCAGAAAAGGCAGUCGCCUGUAGUAGUGAGGGAGUCAAAAUGACUGAUUCUGUUGAUUUUGGUGGUAUAAUUAUUCUUCACAGAUAUGUUUGCACUAUUUAAAUGAAGUGCUUGACCCUCAAAUAUUGAUGUAUUGUCACAGGCUAGACUAAAAUAAAUCCCUUUCA